UGCUUUGCUGUGUGCACUACUUUUCUCCAGCAGAAUUCUGCUGGAACAUCUCUAUCUUCAAGUGCUUGGAUUUCCCUGCGCAUGCCUUUGUGUUAUAUGUGUUGACAACAUUCUUCUAUGUCGUCCAAACUGGUUGCCCUCUUCCUCCUCAUCCUCCUAUAUCUCGCUCUCAGAUGCCACUGUUCAACCCCACAAUCACGGGUCAAAGCCGGCUACUAUUAUACGGAUGACGGAAAUCUCAUUUCCGAUUUAAAUUCUAAGCUUUUCACGCACCUUAUAUGCGGUUUCACUUUCGUUAACCCCUCCACCCACCACCUCUUCAUCAACUUCUCCACCGAACAACAAUUCUCUACCUUCGCCGACAACGUAAAAACCAAGAACCCGUCCGUUACAACGCUUUUGUCGAUAUGGGUUGGCAGAGAGCUUUUGCUAAACUUCUUCUCAAUGAUAAACCAGUCCUCUUACAGAAAUUCUUUCGUUCAGUCUUCCAUAGAAACAGCUAGGCUUUAUGGGUUUCAAGGUUUAGACCUUUCUGGGGUUGAGCCAACAGGAAAUAGCUCGGAUAUGGCCAACAUCGGUACCCUUUUGGACGAGUGGCGAGUUGCUGUAAAUUCAGAGGCAAAAAAUUCAAGCAAGCCAGAGUUACUCCUGGUCAUGUCCGGCAAUCGUCUACCAGCUUUGGGUUCAGUGAUUUAUCCAAUUGAUUCCAUGAGGAGGAACUUGGAUUGGGUACAUGUAUUAGCGUACAAUUACUAUUUGCCUGCAGGUAGGGACAGAGUCACAUUCUUUCAUGCAGCUUUGUAUGGCCCUUCGAACAUGGCUAAUACGGAUGAUGGCAUAAAUGAGUGGAAGAGAAGAGGUUUUUUGCCGAGCAAGUUGGUCUUGGGGUUGCCCUACCAUGGCUAUGCGUGGACACUUUUGAGCCCCCAAAAGAAUCCAAUGGGUGCAGCCUCUACUGGUCCGGCGGUCACAAAGGACGGUGCCGUGAGCUAUAAGUGGUUCAAAUGGUUCAUUAGAAACAAUGCUCAGGAAGCAGUUUGCGGGUAUAAUGCUACUUCAGUGGUGAAUUACUGCACGUUCGGGUUAACUUGGAUUAAUUACGACGAUGUGGAGGCUAUUAGAGCUAAAGUUUCGUAUGUAAAGCAAAAGGGUCUGCUUGGUUACAACGUGUUUCAAGUCGGCCAUGACGACAAUUGGGUGCUUUCUAGAGCAGCAGCAGAGGAGCUUGAUGAUGAAAAUCAGAACCAAAAGGGGAGAUUGUUAGUGAUUGUCUUGGUUUCGAGUAGUACUACGAUUGUUCUCCUCCUAGGCUCAGUGUGGGUGAUGUGUUAUUUGAGGAAGAGAAAGGUCAAAUCUCCUGGGAUUGUACCGAAGGCAAGGAAAGGACAAGAGGCCAAAGUAAAUGGUAUAGCAACUUCUGGAAACUCAAACACCAAUGUUCCGGAUCUUGAAGUCUAUAGUUAUGCUGUUAUGGAGAUGGCUACGAAUAAAUUUUCAUUUGAAAAUAAGCUAGGAGAGGGUGGAUAUGGUCCUGUUUACAAGGGUGUACUAGCAAGCAAACAGGAAAUAGCAGUGAAAAAACUUUCAAAAGCUUCAACACAGGGGUUUGAGGAGUUCAAGAAUGAGGUUACACUAACAGCAAAACUGCAACAUGUUAAUCUUGUGAGAGUUUUGGGAUUUUGCAUCGAAAGGGAUGAACAAAUGCUGAUCUACGAGUACAUGCCAAACAAAAGCUUGGACUUCUACCUCUUUGACAGUGUCAGACGAUUUCUUUUGGAUUGGAAAAAGAGGGUUCAUAUAAUCGAAGGGAUUACUCAAGGACUUCUAUAUCUCCAAGAAUACUCGAGAUUGACAAUAAUCCAUCGAGACUUGAAAGCUAGCAACAUAUUACUUGACAAUGAAAUGAAGCCUAAGAUCUCAGAUUUUGGUAUGGCAAAGAUUUUCAGUAAAGAUGAAUAUGAAGCAAACACCGACCGAAUUGUGGGAACAUAUGGUUAUGUUUCGCCGGAAUAUGUUAAAAAAGGUUUAUACUCUACUAAAUCCGAUGUUUACAGCUUUGGAGUUCUAAUCUUACAAAUCAUAAGUGGCAAGAAGAAUGCCUGCUUUUAUGGUCUAAAUGAAGAUUUGAACCUCCUCGAAUAUGCAUAUGACUUGUGGAAGUCAGGAAAAGGCAUGGAGUUUAUGGAUCCAUCUCUAGAUGAUACAGUUUCAUCAUGUAAACUAAUCAGAUGUCUUCAAAUAGGUCUUUUAUGCGUUCAGGAAAAUGCAACUGAUAGGCCAUCCAUUUUGGAGGUUUCCUCAAUGCUAAAAAGUGAGAGUGCUGCUCUUAUAAUCCCCAAAAUUCCUGCCUUUUCUAUAAAGAGAAACGGAGAUGAGGGAACUAAAUCUCAAUUCCAACUAGAAGAUUGUUCCAUCAAUGAUACAACACUCUCCCAAAUGGUAGCCCGGUAACUAAGCAAGAAGCCAUUUAUCUUCUGAAAUAUAGUUUUAUAAUUGGUGAGAAAACUCUGCAUAUUCUUAAGAGAGAGUUAUAUACAUAUACUAAUAUGUAUGUAGUUCUUUCAUUGUAGAAGAUCCACUUUAGAUUCUUAUCAUAAUGUACUGCUUGAAGUUUUCAUUGUCAA